CGAUAUCUAAACCCUUGCUCGGGGAAGGCAAAAGAAACCCUAGCUCCGUCCGUUUCUCACGGUUAAAAUUAAAAAUAUUAGGGCAAAAAUUUCAAAAAAUUGCCAAAAAAUUAAUUGGGGGAAAUUGUGGAAUCUAUUAGGGUUUCGAAUGAGAUGGCUCGGAUUCAAGCCCUAAUUUACCAUUCGGGUUUAUGAUCGACUCAAUUUGUAGACGAAGGGAUUUUUUUUUUUGUUUUUUUCGCGGUUCAAUCAGUCGAGAUCUGAGAAAUGUUUAUAUGCAUGUACAAUGAUGGAACAUGAAAAUUGGGGGUUUCUGGAUUGGGAGUUUUCGUUUGGGGAAGUCGAUGGAAAAUAGCUUAGAAAACUCACAUGGUACUGAUAUACCGAAGAAAUCGAGAUCUUUGGAUCUCAAGAGUUUGUACGAAUCAAAGGUCUCCAAAGAGGUUCAGAAUAAGAGGUUGAAGAGAAAGGCCCGGGCAGAGGAUGGUGAUGGGCAGAAGAACGAGAGGAGAAAUAGGAAAAAAGUGUCCCUCAGUAAUUUUAGUAGUAUUUAUAGUAGGAGCAGGAAGAGUUUGGACGAAGUGUAUGAUGCUGGGCUAGGUUCAAGUGGGCAUGAUUCAAAGAAGGCCUUAAAGUCAGAGUCAAGAGACAAGUUAAAUAGCAGUAGUGAGUUUAACGAAGUUCCACUUAUUUUAGAUGAAAAUGUUAUGCACAUUCCUAAGCGUAAGAGGGGUGGUUUUGUUAGGAGAAAGAAAUCUCUUGAUGGUCAGAUUUUGAAACCAUCUGGGCAAUUGGAUGCUAAAGCUGGGUCAUUGGAUGAUAAAGCUGGUACUGUGGAUCAGAUUGCUAAAUCUAGUGUCAAAGAUUCAAGUGAUCAGGUGGAAUGCUGUAAGACUAAUAGAAAGCUUGCAUUCAAAGAUUUAAAGGAGAAAGAGCAGAAGGAGUUGAGCUCAGCUCAGCAUCUGAAGAAGGAAGAUGGGCAGGCUGACCAGUUGACUAGAGAAAAUGAAUUAAAUCCUGCUUCGUGUUUGAAGGAGGAAGGUGAGCAUAUUGAUCAUUCAGUUGUAAAGCCUGUAAGUCCGUCAUCCAAAAAAUCUCAAAAGAAUGUCAGGAAAAGAAAGAUUUCUGGAUCCAGGAGCAAAAGUAAUUCAAAGGAGGGUGAGGCAUCCAUAUCACCAUCUACUAAGCGGCGUGAUGGCUUCCCAGAAGAUGAUGAAGAGAAUCUUGAGGAGAAUGCUGCGAGAAUGUUAUCAUCAAGAUUUGAUCCAAAUUGUACUGGGUUUUCGUCAAACACGAAGGGCUCUUUGCCGCCAACAAAUGGGUUAUCCUUUUUGUUGUCUUCUGGACAUGAUAAUGUUAGUCGUAUUUUUAAGCCUGGUUUGGAAUCUGCAUCAGUUGAUGCUGCUGGAAGAGUAUUGAGGCCUAGGAAGCAAAGGAAAGAAAAAAAAAGUUCACGGAAAAGACGCCAUUUUUAUGAAAUUUUAUUUGGGGACUUGGAUGCAGCCUGGGUAUUGAACAGGAGGAUCAAAGUCUUUUGGCCUUUGGACCAAAUCUGGUACUACGGGCUCGUGAAUGACUAUGAUAAAGAAAGGAAGCUUCAUCAUGUUAAAUAUGAUGACCGUGAUGAAGAAUGGAUUGAUCUUCAAAACGAAAGGUUCAAACUGUUGCUGCUUCCUAGUGAAGUUCCUGGUAGGGAAGAACGUAGGAAGUCAGCAGUGGGAAAUGAUCUUGCUAAUGAGAAAGGGAGAUCAAGGUCCAGGAAAGGAAAAGAAACCGAUGCUGUGAUUUUGGAGGAUGAUUGCAAUACUAGUAGCUAUAUGGAUUCCGAGCCAAUCAUCUCUUGGUUGGCUCGAUCUACUAACCGCAACAAAUCGUCUCCCUCUCAUAAUUCAAAGAGGCAGAAAACUUCCAGCUUAUCUUCAAAAUCAGGGUCCCAGGCAAAUGAAAACCCAGCAAAUUUACUUGUUAAAUCUUCAGGAUUGGCAGAAAGAUUAGCAGAUGUGGAUGGACAAGAGAAAUCUGCUUCGGAAACAACCACUUGUUCUACGACACGCAAACUUCCGAUUGUAUAUUUUAGGAAAAGGUUCCGCAACAUAGGCACUGAAAUUCCCCAUAAGCGCGAAACAGAUUUUGCUUCUAGAAGAACUCAUGCUUCUCUUGCCUUUUCUUUUUCUAAUGUUGAAAUUGAUGAUGUGGAAGAACCAGAUAUUUCUCCCAGAAGGUCAGAAGCGCAUAGGUUACUAUGGUGUGUUGAUGAUGCUGGGUUAUUACAGUUGGCUAUUCCAUUGAUGGAAGUGGGGCAGCUCAGGUUUGAGCUAAGCAUUCCGGAAUAUUCAUUCUGGAAUGUCACUUCUAGUGCCGAGACUUUUUGGUUAUUCCAUUUGGCAAUGCUCAUCCAACAUGGUACAUUGACCUUACUAUGGCCAAAGGUUCAAUUAGAGAUGUUAUUUGUAGAUAAUGUGGUUGGGUUGAGAUUUCUUCUGUUCGAAGGUUGCUUGAUGCAGGCAGUGGCUUUCAUUUUCCUGGUCCUGAAAUUGUUUCAGUCACCUGGUAAACAGGGAAGGUAUGCUGAUUUUCAAUUUCCCAUCACCUCCAUCAGGUUCAAAUUCUCAUGCCUUCAGGAUAUAGGAAAGCAGCUUGUGUUUGCGUUCUAUAACUUCUCAGAAUUAAAAAAUUCUAAGUGGGUUCACCUAGACAGGCUGAAGAAGUAUUGCUUAAUUUCUAAGCAGCUUCCAUUAACCGAAUGCACCUACGAUAAUAUCAAAAAGCUUCAAAAUAGCAAAACUCAGUUCCGUGCAUCUCCAUUUUGUGGCCGGUCUUCCUCUGUAAAGGGCACACAGAAGAUUAGUAGUCUUGGUAUCAACCUCAAAGGAGCUGCCUGCGUGAACAGUGGUCACUCUAAUUUGUGUUCCAAUGAAACAAAAAGAAACUUUCCAGCUUUUGCUAUUUCUUUUACUGCUGCACCUACCUUUUUCCUGAGUUUGCAUCUCAAGCUGCUUAUGGAACGGUGUGUGGCUCAUUUAAGUUUGCAACAUCAUGAUUCGAUAGAGCAUCAGGAAAAUUAUGGUAGAUUGACUGUAGAUGAUAUGUUGACGGAUGACUGUGCUAAUAGUCUUAGUACGUCAUCAAAGGCAUCUGAUAGAUGGAAUUCCUGUCCUCAGUCAGAUUUAGGGACUGGUAUCUCCGAUUGUGAGGAUGGAGAUGGGGUACAGUCCUCUCAGUAUAAAAGAAGUACUCCUGUUGCUCCGACUUGUGCAGGGUCUCAGGAUACAGACAAGGCCAGCAAUGAUGUCAAGAGGCGGAUUCGACCAGCGGGCAAGAACAUAUCGGGGAAAACAAUGCCUUUACCUAAGGUGGCUAGAUCUGAUAAAGAUUCAUUUUUGAAUGACCUUAGUGUUGAGAUUCCAUCAUUUCAGCCUUUGGAUGGGGAGUUGCACGGCCCUCAGCAGUCCAUGGAUGUAGGAUGGAAUGGAAAUGCUGGUGUCAUUCCCAGCCCUAACCCAACGGCACCACGCAGCACUUGGCAUCGAAAUAAGAAUAACUCAACAUCACUUGGAUUAGCCUCACAUGGAUGGUCAGAUGGAAAGAGUUCUUUUAUCAACAGUUUGGGAAAUAGGACCAAGAAACCCCGAACACAGGUGUCUUACUCAUUGCCUUUUGGAGGUUUUGAUUAUAGCUCAAAGAGCAGAAACUCUCACCCUAAAGCAAUUCCUUCCAAGCGAAUUAGAAGGGCAAGUGAAAAAAGGUCGGAUGUGGCUAGAGGAUCCAAAAGGAACUUAGAACUACUCUCAUGUGAUGCGAAUGUGUUAAUUACACUUGGUGAUAGAGGUUGGAGGGAAUGUGGAGCAAGGGUGGUAUUGGAGGUAUUUGAUCACAAUGAGUGGAAGCUUGCUGUGAAACUCUCAGGAAUUACUAAAUACUCUUACAAGGCUCAUCAAUUUUUGCAGCCUGGAUCUACAAAUCGAUACACACAUGCCAUGAUGUGGAAGGGAGGAAAGGAUUGGAUCCUGGAGUUUCCAGAUAGGAGCCAGUGGGCAAUCUUCAAGGAGUUGCAUGAGGAGUGUUACAAUCGAAACAUUAGAGCAGCCUCCGUUAAGAAUAUUCCAAUUCCUGGUGUUUGCUUGUUAGAAGAAAAUGAUGAAUAUGUAGCAGAAAUUGCAUAUAUGCGGAAUCCUUCUAAGUACUUCCGGCAGGUAGAAACAGAUGUUGAAAUGGCUUUGAAUCCAGCCCGCGUCUUGUAUGACAUGGAUAGUGAUGACGAGCAGUGGAUCAAGGAUAUUGGAACUUCUUCGGAAGUUGGAAGUAAUAGUGGCUUGGGGGAGGUUUCAAGUGAGGUGUUUGAGAAGACGGUGGAUGCAUUUGAGAAGGCUGCAUACUCUCAGCAACGUGUUGAGUUCACAGAUGAUGAGAUAGCUGAGGUGAUGAAUGAAACUUUGUUGUCAGGUUUGACGAAGGCCAUUUUUGAGUAUUGGCAGCAGAAAAGGAGGCGGAAGGGAAUGCCUUUAAUUCGACAUCUUCAGCCUCCUCUUUGGGAAACCUAUCAACAGCAAUUAAAAGAUUGGGAGUGUACAAUUAACAAAAGCAACACCAGUUUCUGCAAUGGAUAUCAUGAGAAGGCUGCAUCAGUUGAGAAACCACCAAUGUUUGCAUUCUGUUUGAAACCCCGAGGCUUGGAAGUCUUCAAUAAAGGCUCUAAGCAAAGGUCGCACCGGAAGUUUUCGGUGUCUGGUCAUAGCAAUUCCAUCGCUUAUGAUCAUGAAGGAUUGCAUGGUUUUGGUAGAAGAUUGAAUGGGUUUAGCCUUGGGGACGAUAAGAUGGCCUAUAUUGGCCAUAACUAUGAGUUUUUGGAAGAUUCUCCUUUGAUUCACACGUCGUCCAGUUUAUUUUCGCCACGACUUGAAGGCGGCAUUUUGAGUAAUGAUGGGUUGGAGAGGAAUUUUCUACCAAAACUUCACAAGAGCAAGUCCAGGAAGUAUGGGGCAUGGGCUUCUCCAUACGACUCGGGGAUGGCUUCCUUCAAUCAGAGAAUGAUUGGAAAGAGAGACGGGCUAAAUAGGUGGAACAAUGGUUAUUCUGAGUGGUCAAGCCCACGGCGUUAUCCAUUUGAUGGGUCUCAAAGGCAGAUCCUCGAACAAUUGGAAGGUUCCGAUGUUGACGAGUUCAGGCUCCGCGAUGCAUCUGGUGCUGCUCAACAUGCACGCAAUAUGGCUAAGCUCAAGAGAGAGAAGGCCAGGCGAUUGCUAUACAGAGCGGACCUUGCGAUUCACAAGGCAGUGGUUGCUAUCAUGACCGCUGAAGCAAUGAAAGCUGCUUCCGAGGAUGACUCCAAUGGUGAUGGAUAAAGAAGCGAAGAGAACGCGAAACCUGAUGACCACCACAACUUCCUCUGAUUGCUCGAGCUCACUGAAUUUUACGCCAAGAUGGCAAGCGGAUUAGGUUCGACGAUUUUGUUAGUGCUGGGUUUUGUUUACUUUUGUCAAUGGUACAGCCUCUUUUUUUUCGAUAAUGUGCAGAUUUAAUUGCAAACUUCUGACACGACAAACGCGAGCCGUACGGUGAUUGAGAAUUUGUUGCUACAGCUUCCCAGAUCCACAAGGAAGGUUUUUUAGGCCAGCAUGAUUGAGAGGAGUCCCCUCAUUUCAGUGCAAAACAUUGUACUGAAUGAAUCAAGUUUAGGUGGGGUUGUAUGGAAUUUUUUAGGGUUCCCCAUAUUUGUACAGUUUUUCCCCCAUCUUACCCUGUUAUUUUCUCACUUUGCCCCCUAAAAGCUCCCCUUUUCUCUCCUUAACCCCCUUCAGUUUCUAAAGUGUUCCAUCCAUCAAAUGAGCAUCUUUAGCUUAAAUAAUACAUCAUCUCUUCAAUGCCAUUGCAUAUUUCUCUGUAUAUACGAACUCUACUGUUUAUGCUAUAUUACUACUCUGAUGAUGCUUCUCAGAGAUUUAUUUUUCCACAAA